AUGAGGUCCCCCGUCCUGUUUGCAGCCUUGCUCUGGCUCUGCGGUUUCCUGGCCAAGGUGCGGGAGACGCCCCGGCUGGGAGCCCAGACACACCGAGAGGAGCUCCGGAGCCCCGGGAGCCCGUCCAGCCUCGAGGCCUCGUGGGCUGCUGCCCCGGGGGAGCAGGGGGCCUGCUGCCUUCUCCUCUACCACCUGGAGUCCCAGACGCUGGUGCGCAACAUCUCCGUGCCACGGGGCUCCCUGUCCUACACUUUCAGUGACCUCCGGCCAGGCAGCGAGUAUGUUCUGGAGGCCACCACCUGGGCCGGCGACCCCCAGGCCAAGAGCAGCGUCCGCCAGUGGACAGCCCCCGUGUCCCCUCCCCAGCUGCUGCUGCGUGCCCUGGGCACCGGUGCCCUGCACGCCUCCUGGAACCACUCGGCUGGGGCCGCCGGGCUCCUCCUGGUGCUCACAGACCUCUUGGGCGGCACCAACCUGACUGCAGUGGUCGGACGCGGGGUCUCCAGCCACACCUUCCUUCACCUCUCCCCGGGCACCCCCCACGAGCUGACGCUCUGUGCUGUGGCCGGGCCGUGGCGGGCAGUGGGGCCCCACGCCACCGAGUGGACCUAUCCCUCUGCCCCUCUGGACCUGGUGCUCCUGCCCCGGCCCGCGGCGCUCUGGGCAAGCUGGAGGGCGGGGCCCGGCGCCCGGGACGGCUAUCUGCUCAGGCUCAGUGGGCCGGCGGAGAGGAACACCACGCGGGGUCCGGGAGCCCUCCGUGCCACGUUCCCGGGGCCCCUGCCCCCUGGACACUACACUCUGGAGCUCGGGGCUCUGGCUGGGCCCUAUGAUGCCUGGGCCCGGGCCAGCGCCUGGCUGCCUGACUCUGCGGCCCAGCCCGCGCAGAGCAAAGGGUCCGAGCUGCCGCUGGACGGGCUGGCGGCCCCUGCGGAGCCGAGCAGGCAGGCCUUGCUCUACACCGAGGGGGCCCCGGGCCUUCCUGGAAACAUCUCUGUGCCACCUGCCACCGCGCUCGGCACCUCCGGGGGGCCUGUACCUGGGGCCCACUCCUGGGUGGACAUCGCCUCGUCUCUGAGAAACACUACCCGGAAUCUCACAGACCACAUGAAGCCCCCGGCACCGCGGUCACUGGAGGUCACCGGCAGGGGCAGCCCCUCUGACCUGGCCAUUGGCUGGGCCCCGGCCCCAGGGCCGCGGGAAGGCUACAGGGUCGCCUGGCAUCAGGAGGGCAGCCAGAGACCACUGGGCGGUCUGGUGGACGUGGGGCCGGAGAGCUCGGGCCUGACUCUGAGGGACCUGCUGCCUGGCUCCUGCUACACCGUGUCCGUCUGGACCUGGGCAGGGAGCCUGUGCUCCAGCACCCAGAGGACCCGCGCCUGCACCCUCCCUGCUCCUCCUGCCAACCUGAGCCUGCGCCUCGCCACCUGGCCCCCCACCCUGACCGCCUCCUGGAGAGGCCCCCCCGGGGGCAGGGAUGGCUUCCGGCUGCGGCUUUACCGCCUGGGGCCCCUGACUCUGGAAAGCAGGGACACUCUGGGCCCCGAGGCUCAGAACUUCUCCUGGGCCCGGCUGCCCCCAGGCGCCGAGGUUCUGGUUCAGCUGGUCACCGUGCGGGGCCCAGACGAGAGCAGCAGCGCCAACGCCAUGGGCUGGACGCCCCCCCGCGCCCCUCCCCUGGUGCACGUGACCACCGAGGGCCCCACCGAGCUCCAGGCGUCCUGGGUCCCUGCGCCCGGGGCGCGCGACGGCUACCAGGUGACGCUGUACCUGGGGGGGGGCCUGGCGGGCUCCAGGACCCUGGUGGCGGGGGUGGGUGGCACCAGCUUCUCGGCAUUGACCCCGGGCACUCGGUACGACGUGGAGGUCGUCGCACGGGCUGGGCCCCUCCUCUUGGCGGCCACCACUGCCUCAGGCUGGACCUCUCCGCUCCUGCCCAACGAGCUGCUGGUGUCCAUGCAGGCGGGCAGCGCCGUAAUCACCCUGGCCUGGGCCAGCGGCCCCUUGGGGCACGGGGCAUGCCAUGCCCAGCUCUCGGAGGCCGGGCGCCUCCCCUGGGCGCAGCCCCUGGUGCUCGGCCAGGCCCGCCUGGUGCUCAGGGACCUAACCCCCGGACGCAAUCUCUCCCUGUCAGUGCUGUGCCAGGCGGGGCUGCUGCGGGCAGCCACCCACCCGGUGGUGCUGCCUGUGGAGCCCGGCCCCGUGGAGGAUGUGCAGUGUCAGCCCGAGGCCACUGGCAUGGCCCUGACCUGGACGGUGCCCGCGGGGGAUGGACAGCAGCUGGCCGUGGGGGGUCGCGCCCACCUCGUCUUCCAGGCCAGCACCUCCGGGGACGCUCUCCUCUUGCCCAGCCUGCUGCCUGCCACGUCCUACCGCCUCGGCCUCACUGUGCUGGGCAGGAACGGUCUGCGGAGCCGUGGGGUCACCCUGCUGUGCACCACCUCUGCGGAGGGCUGGCACCCCCCGGACUUAGCUGCAGCCCCCCAGCUGGAGCCCGAGGCGGGGAUGGGCGUGCUCAUCACACGGGGGAUGUUUGGCAAGGACGACGGGCAGAUUCAGUGGUACGGCAUCAUCGCUACCACCAACCUUGGGUCGGCCACCCCGGAAGCCCUCAACCACACGUGGCACGACCACUACUACGGAGGACGGGACUCCUACCUGGCCACCCUGCUCCCCAACCCCUUCUACCCAGGGCCCUGGGCCGUGCCGAGAUCCUGGAUGGUGCCUGUGGGCACAGAGGACUGCGGCCGGACCCGGGGAAUAUGCAACGGGCAGCUCAAGCCAGGUUCCUGGUACCGAGGCUCCGGUGUCGCUGCCGCAGGUUCAGCGUUGUGGCCUCCCGACACCAUCAUCUCCUUCUCCGCCUUCUCGGAGCCCCGUGCCGGCGUCUCCAGGGUGGCUGUGCCCCUGCCCGCGGCCGUGGGCCUCCUGGCAGGCUGCUGCCUUGGCGCCACCGCACUGGGCCUGCUGUGCUGGUGGAGGGCAAAGGCCCGGAGGGCGGACAAGAAUCGGUUUUCCCAAGAGCUGACCCCUUACAACCUGCGGCGGACCCACCGGCCCAUCCCCAUCCAGAGCUUCCGGCAGAGCUACGAGGCCAAGAGCGCCCACGCUCACCAGGCUUUCUUUCAGGAGUUCGAGGAGCUGAAGGAGGUGGGCAAGGAGCAGCCCAGGCUGGAGGCCGAGCACCCUGCCAAUGCCACCAAGAACCGUUACCCGCACGUGCUGCCCUAUGACCACUCCCAGGUCAGGCUGAGCCAGCUGGAAGGAGAGCCCCACUCCGACUACAUCAACGCCAGCUUCAUCCCGGGCUACACCGACCCGCAGGAGUUUAUUGCCACCCAGGGGCCUCUCAGGAAGACCAUGGAGGACUUCUGGCGGCUGGUGUGGGAGCAGCAGGUCCACGUCAUUGUCAUGCUGACAGUGGGCAUGGAGAACCGGGUGCUGUGUGAGCAUUACUGGCCCGUGGGCUCGACCCCCGUCACUCACGGCCACAUCACGGUCCACCUGCUGGCCGAGGAGCCCGAGGACGAGUGGACCAAGCGGGAAUUCCAGCUGCAGCACGUCAGGCCCCUGCUCCCCGCCGCCCGCUCAGCGGGCCCAGCGGCAGCCGCGGACGGUGACGCAGCCGCAGUUCACCACGUGGCCCGACCACGGCGUCCCCGAGCCCCCAGCGCCCUGCUCGCCUUCGUCCAGCUGGCCCGGGAGCAGGCGGGGCCACGCGGGGCCUCGGCCCGGUGCUCGUGCACUGCAGGUGGGGCGGGGGGGGCCUGUGGCGGCUGCUCCAGCAGCUGCAGGAGGAGCGCGCGGCGGACUGUUCCACGCGGUGUACGCGCCGCGGCCGCUCCUGAUCCAGACCCCGAGCCAGUACGUGUGCCUGCACCGCUGCCUCCUGACCAAGGCCCUGGAGGGGCCGCCGGAGCCGUCCGAGUGAGCGGCCGCCCCGGGGUCCCGCGGGCGGGGGCGCCGGCCGUGCCCUCCCCCCACCGACGCCCCGCGGUGUGCAGGGAGCGGGAGCCGCGGAGGCCCGAUUGCGCCGCCCGCCGCCCGCGCCCCGGGGUCGCAGCCCAUCGCCGUGAGCCGCUGGGCCGAGGCCUGCGCGCGGAGGGCCGCCCACGCCAACGCCGGCUUCCUGCGGGAGUACGGGGUGACCGUUCCCACCUGCGGUUUUCCGCGGCCAAGGAAAGCCUCACUAGCAAGAUGCUGGAAGCCUGGCUCUUCCCUGGCGGCCCUUCUGGCCACGACCACAUUGUGGUGACCGGCCCUGCGGGGCCCGAGGAGCUCUGGGAGCUGGUGUGGGAGCACGGGGCCCAUGUGCUGGUCUCCUUGUGCCCGCCCGACACCUGGGAGCAGCAGUCCUGGCCCACGGAGACGCAGCCCAUUGUCACAGAGACAGUGACGGUGCAGUGGGUGGCGGAGAGCGUCACGGCGGGCUGGCCCUGCACCCUCCUGAGGGUCACGCACGGGGAGAGCAGGAAGGAGAGGCAGGUGCAGAGACUGCUGUUCCCGUGCUGGGAGCCGGGGCGUGAGCUCCCCGCCACCACCCUGCUACCCUUCCUGGCUGCCGUGGGCCAGUGCUGCUCUCGGGACAGGACGAAGCCGGGGACCCUGCUCAGCCACUGCAGCAGGGGUGUGGCCCAGCUGGGCACUUUCCUGGCCCUGGACCAGCUGCUGCAGCAGGCGGGCGUGGAGUGCACCGUGGACGUUUUCAGUGUGGCCUUGCAGCAGUCACAGGCCUGUGGCCUCAUGACCCCAACGCUGGAGCAGUACAUGGACCUCUAUCACUGUCUGAACAGCGCACUCCUGGAUGGGCUGCCUUGAAUCGGCGCUGGUCGCCGUGCUGCGCGGGAGCAGCAGAGGUCUGGGCCUGGCGUGCGGGGAUGGGCGGCCUCGGCAAGCCUUCCGGGGCCCGGCUUCCCCAGGAGGGCAGCCUGCACGCCGGGCUCCGUGCCGGGCAGGGCCCGAAGUGAGGAAUAAAGAGAGUGGCCGAGCCUGA